AUGGCCACCCCUCAACCCAAGCACAACCUCCCCGCCGAGCAAGCCUACAACAUCGCCCCCCAAACCUACCUCCGCAUCCCAGGUCUCAUCUUCGACCCGGUCCCCAUCCUGAUCCCCUACCCUCAUCGCGCGGCUCUCAACUUCCUCAAGCCCUCCCGCUUCAAGCUCGACUUGUCGUGGGAGGAGUACUACGAUCUCCUCCAGCCCUUUGACGACGUCGCUUACAAGCUCACUGAUGUGUUUGAGCACUGCCUCGACGAGCUGAAGUAUAGCGUUCCCGACCCUGCUCCUAUUCAUGCUCCUACUUCUGCUUCUGAGGACAAUGCCGAGGAGGACGAGGCUGAGAUCGAGACCGGAACUGAGAUGAAGACUGAGAUGAAGACCGAAUCUCAUAUGAAGACCGAGACUGAGACGAACAACAAGACUGAGAUGAAAACCGAGACUGAGACUGAGACCAAACCUGAGGCUGACAAGACAGCAGAGAAUCCCCAUCCGCCCCAAAAGACCGAUUGGAAAGCCUUCUUUGAGCGAGUGCUCGAGAACCUCGGACACAAAGCCCAUGAGUUUGGCUUGGGCGGCGAAGACGUCAUGUGGAUUGCGUUUCUGUACACCCGCGCCUACGACAACACUCCCAAGUUCAUCCGGGCCAGAGAUCGUAAGUACUAUCGCAAAGCGAACAUCCAUUACCUCCACGACUUGCUGGGUGAUUGGCAGAUGUUGAUGCGGCAGAAGCGCUUGAGGUGGCAAGUUGUCUUCUUUGAUAUUUUUGGGAAGCAAUAG